AUGGCCAACUCCAUCGCCUUACGGGUGGCCCGGGUGUUUGAAGAAUGCGUCUUCCGAAGAUUCGGAUCGCCAUCGCUGAUUAGACACGAUCGAGACCCACGCUUCAUGAGUGAGGUCUUCCAAGUUUUCACCGAAAUGGGCAACAUUAAGUUACCGGCCUCAGGCGAACGAUCUGUCAAUACCGUUAUGCAGUCAGUGCGUGUUGGCGCAGAAGAUCCUCUGCAGCAGGACUGGGAUGACAUCGCGGAGAAGUUGAUCUUCGCGAUUAACUAUUCGAUAGAUGCGACGAGAAGAGAGACACCCUUUUAUCUCAUCCAUGGGUGGGACGCACAGUCCACUCUCAAAGCAAUAUUCUUGUCACUUCAACGAAGCUACGGAUGA